AAGUCAGGUUGUUGGAAAGGGAAAUAAUAAAACAGCAUGGUCAAUUGUUAGUUCGGAAGAAAUGACGAGGCCCAGCCUCCUCGACAGGAAUAAUAAUACUACUGAAACUGCAGUAUUUGAUUGUUUCAAAAUUCCUGGAACGCAAAGCUUUCCUCCUCCUCCCACCACAUCAUCACCUAGUACCGUUGAAAGUGAUGUAUUUAAGCGUCCGUGGAGCGUCACUAAAAACGGAGUCCCAAAUUAUCUACGAAACAUGUCAAAAUCCUGUACAUUUGUUUCGUCAUCGACGGUAAGCAGAACUUCUGGCAGAAGUACCGUUUCCCGAAGUACUUUACAGUCGAUUGUGGCACCAAAUCCUUCAAGCGUUACAAGGACAGGAACAAAGAAAAGUGGUGGUGGUAGAACUGCAACGGGUACUCGUCAUUCUAGCUCAAAACGACCCACGGCUCAUUCCGGUUUUGUCACAAACCCUGAAAUCACAAAGAAAUACUCAAUUACCUCAUUGUUGGAUAUUUUAUGCGGUAAUGCACCUGCCCCACAAGGAAUGUUUACUAAAGAACCAGAAGACGUGCCGGAAAUAAGCCCAAUACGGUCACGCUUCGGACUUGGAACUACUCAAACAAUGCCAGUUGCAAAAUCAAAUUCAAUCCGACAACAAGAAUUUCUUGAGGAUUUUGAUGCAAGCAGCAGUUUUUCAAUCAAUAUUACAGAAGAAAGUGAUAAUAACAGCCCGCUUGCGGAUAUUAGCAAUAGCAAUCAAUAUUUGCGUCCAAGAUCAAGAGGGUCCAAUAAACGACCUUUUUUUGUGGAUACUCAAGUAGAAGAGCUUGAUGGUUUUGACCUUGUUCCACCGCCGACUAAAACGAGAUACUUUGGUAAUGAGCAACUGGACGCUUUGUUCCCGGAUGAACACGAUUUAAUUACAUCUCAAUUUAAUGAACCUUUAUUUUAACUCGAGUUUACUUUUGUUUAAAAAUAGUCAUUUAAAUUUUUGUAGUCAUUUGUUUGAGAUUAAUUCCCAUUGUUUUUCUCCCCUAUAAUUUAUUUCAAGCUGAAAACCUCACUGAAGUUACAAUAAAUUUAUUCUCAAUAUC